AUGAAUGACAUUAUUGUCGAACUGAGCUCAAGUUUACAAGGUCAUUCAAAUGGUGGUGAUGCUGCGUCUGAGGAAAGACCUCGUCAAUCUGCCGCAUGUAAUUGUCCAGAAACAUCAAAAACUAAAUCAAAUGUCGCAGGUUCAUCGGUAUUCAUUCAAACUUCAAUUUCAAACAAAACUGUGACAUGUACAGAAGUCAAGAAUACGUCAGCAGUCCAACGUGCAAUCCUUAUUUUUUAUCCACAUCACCAACGUGACUAUUUCUUUCCAGAAGUCAGAUGGCUUUAUCGUUCAUGGGUUGAAAUGUUGCGUACUCAACCACGAACGUGGCGAACGGAUUUUGUGAUAUUCACAUAUAACUUUUCCUCAGAGUUUCGAAGUCUCGGUUGUGUGAAUCGCAUACGAACGAAUAAAGACGAACCCUCGAUAUGCCGACUUUUUCUCUAUGUACCUGUACAAUAUCGAACAGCACAACUGAUAAAGGAUAAUUUUCAAACUGCAUUCGAUAAUGCCAAAAGCGUUAUGGCAUCCUAUAAAGAUAUGACAGAUCCUUUUAUUGGCGUUCCUAUACCAACCGAUGCGCAAACAUUUGAUGCACAACGUUCUGAUUCUCUCUACAGAAAUCUUCGAUCGUAUGGUUAUGUUGAUUCUAUUAAUACAAUCUACGAAGGUUAUUGGACUUUCAAAAUGUAUGAUUUUAUUCUACGAACAGAUAUCGAUGUGUUUAUUUAUCGGCAUUUUGCUAAUUAUAUUCCACAAAAUUGUUCGUUUAUAACUGGUGGUGGUGGCUAUGGAACAGAUUUCAAUCGCCGAAAAUUAAAACGCAUUUCUCGUGACAUGGGUUUUGCUCAUGCUGGCAUCUCUGGCAUGGGUUCCACUUGGUAUGGCUCGCCAUAUGAUGGAUAUCUAGUAGCUAAUCAAACUUUGAAUGGUAUGUUAUGGUUAGCGCAAUAUGAAUUUGCAACUCCGGAACGAGAAUCGAAAUUAGGAACGUUGAUGUGGCCCGAAUGGCAUUACGGUGUGUUACUUCUCUACGGUCAGCAUUUAGCAUUGAAUCACUUAGUUGCUACAAAUGAAAUUCGAAUCAUUAUUGGUAACAAUCUUCUCGAUCAAUCAACGACCGACAAGAGUAAUUCAUACAUCCAGCAAGGUACACGUCUUAAUUUACAUUGUUGGCAUACAAACGAACGUUUUUCUAAAUUUGCUUUUAAACUCGGCCAUUACAAUCAAAGUGAACUGGAAUUAUAUCGAAACGAUAUGACUGCCCAAGCAUAUGCGAUGCGAAUGGCACUUGAAUCGAAAUAUAUGACACUUGAAGAAAUGGCUGGAUUACUUAAAAAUGUAUCUGUCUCAUCGUAG